AUGCCUCUCAACCCCGGCUCCGAAACCAAAAACCAGCGCAAGUCCUUUGUUCAACGGGUCUUUUCUGGAUGGAAGCGCCAGGGUCAGAAUAUGCUUGACCGAGAGGCUCAGCAUCAUGGCUAUCCCCCAUAUGACAAGGGAGGCGGUACUGCGAAGGCUCCUCAAGUCAGGAUAUGGCACGGGUGGCGACUCAUUCUAUUUGAUUCUUGGCUGAACAUAUUGAUACUGUUUCUUCCUGCCGCUGGUGUGCUCAAAGUCACGACCGAUUCUGACACCCUCCUCUUCGUGGCAUGCCUGCUCGCUUUCGUACCGCUCAUCAAGCUUCACGAUCUUGCUACGGGCAUCGUGUCCCGAAGAAUUGGCGGUAGCAAGACCGGCUUGCUGAACUCGAGUUUGAGUAACAUCGUGGAGCUUGUCGUCGCGAUCAUCGCCCUUCGCAAAUGCGAGUUGCGCGUAGUGCAGUCAUCUCUGAUCGGAGGGAUGCUCAGCAAGCUCUUGCUGGUACUCGGCAUGUGCUUCUUCGCCGGCGGCAUACGAUUUUCUGAACAGGGGUUCGACUCGACGGCUACUCAGAUCCACUCUUCUCUGUUGAGUAUCAGUGUAGGCGCCGUCCUUCUUCCCGCUGCGUUCCACUUUGCCAUCACAUAUGGUAGCCAAAACAAAGGCGAGGCGGAGCCCAGUCUUCAAGAGCAGAAGGACGACAUCCUGCGCAUGAGCCAUGGCGUCGCUAUUGUACUGUUGUUCAUCUAUGUAUCGUAUCUGGUCUUCCAGCUAUGGUCACAUACGCACCUGUACGAAGACAAUACAGAGCCGAGCGCCAAGCUUCCCGUCGCGGCCUCCGUCCGUUCAGCGACUGCGCGAGUGCGCAAGAAGAGUAACAGCAUCUAUGAGCGCAUGGCGAAUGCGCGUUCCCUCGACCACCUCCGCACCGGCUCCUUCCAGACGAUCCGCAGCGUUGUUUACAACAACAAAUCAGCAGGUCACUCGCGAGUGCCCACUCCACAGCAUUUGAACCCGACGUCGAUCGGGGCGCCGACGCCGAUUAGCCCGUUGGAAGAAUUGCCAGAGACGUCGAUAGACCUGGGAGACUCUGCAACGCGCACUCAUGGACCCUACCUGCACGCGCAUACAGCCUCCGGUCGGUCGCUUACUGGGGGCAGCGCGCGGGCGGUGUCGCCUUUCACGUCCUCGAGCCAGGUGACGCUCUCGAACCCGAUUGCGCUGCCCGCAGACUCCACCGUGCGGCUCGUUUCGGACCAGGAGCGGUUCGUCAUCCGGAGAGAGACGUCCUCGGACUCUGACGACGGCUCUCUAGACUCGUUGCCGGCCGGAGGCGACACGUAUGAUGCCGACGAGCUCGACGGUUCGCCGCAACGGUACGGAAGCCAGCGAGGGCGAUCACGGACGCCGAUCAGCGACGUACUCUCUGCGUACUACCCGGAGAGCCUCAAGAGAGCCCCGAGCGACCCGACUCCGCGGAAGAGUUUGGUUCAGCUCAACCUCACGCCGGGCGGGCAUUGGGCAGAGAAGAGCCAGAGGGCGGAGAGCCCGAGCGAGUACCUCAUCGCAUCCCCGUCCCCGGUUUCGCCGGCGGAGGAGGAGCAGCAACCGCCGCAGCCGCAGCCGCAGCCAGAGAUGAGUUGGCCGUUGACGCUCUUCCUGUUGACUUCUCUCACAGUGCUCGUCGCCCUGGAUGCGGAGUGGCUGGUGGACAGUAUGAACGAGGAGUCUCCAUUGAUCAGUAAGGAGUGGAUCGGACUGAUCUUGCUGCCUACCGUGAGCGUGAUGGCCGAGUGCGCCACGGCCGUCAACGUCGCCGCGCAGGACCAGCUGACGCUCAGCAUCAGUGUGGCUGUCGGCUCGACGAUCCAAACGGCGCUCUUUGUCAUUCCAUUCAUGGUACUCCUGGGUUGGGUCCUUGACAAGCCGCUAGCUCUGCUGUUUGACCCCUUCGAGUCUGUUGUUCUGUACAUCUCGGUGCACACGAUGGGCUACGUCGUGGCAGACGGCAAGUCGAACUGGUUGGAGGGCGUCAUCCUCAUCUGCCUCUAUAUCGUUAUAGCAGUCACGUUCUGGUUCUACCCCGGAUCGAACUUCUCCUCUAAUCUCGCCGUGUGCACGACCUCCGUGCCGUUCAAGGGAUAAGUACAAUCCAAGAAUCUGUCUCAACAUCGCAUCAGGAACAGUCCCAUUCACCGCCUCUCUCCGCGAGGCAGCGUCAUGCAUUACUAGGCGUCUAGCAGCAGUUAUCAACACCCAGUACAAACUGGACAGGACCACGAUUUGUUUCGUUCACUAUCAUCGCAUCCAC